UGAAGAGCUUGAGUGGUCGCCUAGCAGCCGGUACCGGGCCCACUUUCUUCCCCGCGCUGAUCUAGACUCCGGCCCGAGGGAGCUCUCCACCAACAUGGCUCCUAUUCUGGAUUGGGAGAAGUUAAUGAAAGUUGAUCCGGAUUCUUUGCCAAGCCGAGAGAAACUAGCAGAUAAACUGUUAGACACUAUAUCUAAGGUUGAAGGAAAUGAAUUGACAGCAGAAGAGCCUGAGAAGCUGAUUCAACUUUUCUGCAUCACUCAGUCCCUGAUGAAGAUGAAAGCUCAAGAGAUUGAGUUGGCUCUAGAGGAAGUUGAAAAGGCUGGAGAAGAGCAAGCUAAAACAGAAAGUCAGCUGAAAGCAAAAGUUCUUAAGCUUGAAAAUGAACUGGAGAUGGCUCAGGUGACUGCUGGAGGGCGUGAUACCAGAUUCCUGCGAGAAGAACUUCGCCAACUGGAAAAUCAGCUGCAGUUUAAGGACCGUGAGGUUUCUGAAAUGGAAAAGGAGCUGAACAAGGAAAAGAAACUCGUUGAGCAAGUGGGAAUUCGUAUCAAGGAAAUAGAAAAUGAAAACAACAAGCUAAGAAGGGAGAAUGAUCAACUGCGCCAAGAUGUUGUGGAUUAUCAGAAGCAAAUUGAUUCUCAGCGAGAGACUCUUCUUAACAGGAGGGGUGAUGAAUCGGACUACAGAACUCAACUUUCCAAGAAGAACAUGGAGCUCGCACAGUAUUUAGAUGAAAUUCAGAAUUUGUCUGAAGCCAAUGAAAAGCUGGAGGCACAGAACAAAGAGAUGCAGAGCAAUCUGAAGGAGUCUGCGCAAGAGAUGGAGCAGAUGACUGAUGAAUACAACAGAAUGAAGAUGAUUGUCCAGCAAACUGAUAAGACCAUGGAUCAGUUCAAAAGGGAAAAGGAUCAGCUGUUAUUUCAGGUACAAGAUCUUACUGACCGGCUCCGAGCAGUAACAGAAGAGGAGGAUCCUGUAAUGAUGGCAGUAAACACAAAAAUUGAGGAGUGGAAGAAAGUGUUAUUUGCCAAGGAUAAUGAAAUCAGAGAAUAUCAGGAGAAGCUGCAAGAUCUCCGAUCUAAACUUAUAUUUGCUGAGUUAGACAGUGACAAGAACAGCGUCAUUAAUCUGCAACAGAUUCUGCAAGAGCGAGACAACCAAGUUAAGGUUUUGUUGGAGCAAAUAGAACAGUACACCAAUGAGAUGAAUACAAAUGCUCAAAUCAUCGAAGAUUUAAAAUUGCAGCUCGAGAAGGAAUCAAGUUUUCCAGCACUUAAUCAGCAAUCCAGAAUCGGAGCACUACAGGAGAAGCUACGGGCAUCGGAGAAAACAGCCAUUGAAGCACAACGAAUUGCAGAGAUUGCAGAGAAAGAUGCAAAAGAAAAAGACAAGGAACUGGGGGAAUCACUAAUUCGUUUGAGGGCUUAUGAAUCUGGUAUAUAUGGAUUGGAAAAUGCCGUUGCUGAAAUAAAAGAAUGCAAGAACAAUAUCAGAAUUCGAGAUCGUCAAAUUGAAGCAAUGACCAAAGACAUCAAUAUGCUUGAAUUGAAGAUAAAUGAUCUUUUGGAUGAAAACGAGAGCAUGCGAGAACAGUUAGGCCUUGAAACAAAAGAAUUAAUUGAUUUGACUGAAUUUAAACAGAGGAAGCACUUGAAGCAACAGCAGUUUCAAGCGGAGAACCAGAUCCUGCUAAAAGAGAUUGAACGCCUAGAGGAAGAAAGACUAGUGUUAAAGAGGCAAAUUCGCAAGAUGGCCCAAGAUAAAAGCACAUGUGCAAGUUCUAUAGCAUUUUCAUCAGAUGAUUUGGGGUUGUUCGAUCGAUUUACUGAUGGGGAAGCAACAGCGAAAACAUCGUUGGGUACAUCCGCCUCAGAUUUAAAGAGUAAGAACCAUCAGAUACGCAAAGAAUUACUGAAAAAGGAAGGGGAGUACCAGAAUGCAGAAUUUGAGCUUGCCAAACUCAACCGACAAAUGAUGCAGAAUGAAUAUAUUUCCAGAGAACUGGAAAGAAAAGAGAAGGAAUUGGAACAAAGGAAGACGGAAAAUGCUGAGCUGCAAGCAAAAUUAAAUGAACUGAGAGAAGAAAACAAAAAAUUUGAGCAUGGUAUGAAAGAAAUUUUGCAAGCUGUGAAGGAUACACAAGUGGAAUCCAUUUCAAAGGGAGGACAUGAAAUCCUGAGGAUGGAAAGUUUGGAACGACUAGUUUCUGUAAUUGAGGCAAAGAACACAGGGAAGCAUGAGAGCAAUGUGCACCUGAAAGCCCAGGUGGAUCAGCUGACUGGGAGAAAUGAGGAGCUUCGACAGGAACUCAGAGAGACUCGAAAGGAGGCUGGCAUAGCAGGCAGUCAGCUGUCAAAAGCCAAUGAAAGGGUUGCACAACUGGAAAGUGAACUAAUUCUGUUGCGUCAGUCAGGUGGAUGCAGUGUUCAGUUCCAACCUCUCGCUUUACCAGAUGGAAUGGCAACCUCUAGUACUGAUAUCAUUAAUGUUCUUAAUGAAUAUUUGGUACAACUUCUACAGGAAAUCUCCAAUAAAGAGGAAGAAGAAAAGAAACUGCGAGAAGCAGCUGAAGAUCACAAACGCAAGUUUGCAGUAAUUCGUCAUCAGCAGGGUCUGCUGUACAAAGAAUAUCAAAGUGAAAGAGAAUCCUGGCAGAAGAACAUGGAGAGAAUUGAAGAGGAAAAGAAAAAGCUUGAGGAUUUAAAGGAACAAGAUCGUGUAAAAAUUGAGGAAUAUAAUCAACUACUGGAAACCCUUAAGAUGGAUCCUGAUGAAAUCAAGAAGAAAAUAGGUGGAAUUACCAGCAAAUUAACUGUUCUGCGGGUGAAUGAAAGCUCUUUGACUCGGCGCUACACGACACUGCUGGAAAUGGAACAGCACCUGAGGAAAGAAAAUAACAAGCUCAAGAAUGAAAUGAUAGCUAUGGAAGUAGCUAUCUGUGAAAGAAUUGGAUACCUGCAGAGAUUUAAGGAAAUGGCUAGUUUUAAAAUUGCUGCUUUGCAGAAAGCUUUGGAUGAGAGUGUGCCCUUAGCUGAUUUGGAGCGAGCUAACAAGCAGUAUAAUGAACUCACAGCUAAGUAUAGGGAUCUGUUGCAGAAAGAUAACCUAUUAGUCCAGAAAACUACGAAUCUUGAGCAUUUGGAGAGUGAAAAUGCUGUGUUACAUGAACAGAUUAAUGCCUUAAAUAAAGAGCUAGAAAUUACUAAGGAAAAGCUGCACGCACUGGAGCAAGCCUGGGAACAGAUGGACAAACUAGAUGGUGCUACUGCCAUGGAUAAAGCAUCUAAAGCAAUUACCAACUCUGAAAUUGUGUCAAUCUCCAAAAAGAUUACCAUGUUGGAAAUGAAGGAACUAAAUGAGCGGCAAAGAGCAGAACAUGCUCAGAGGAUGUAUGAGCAUAUACGGAGCACACUACAACAAGUCGAGGAGCGCAACUCAGAGCUGGAAACUAAAUUCUCUGAGGUGACCAAGAUAAACCUGGAAGUUCAGAAAGUUGAGCAGGAUCUGCGGGAUGAGUUGGCAAGCAGCGUGAGCAAAGCAGUGAGUGACAUGGAUAGAAGACGCAUCACAGAGCUGGAGAAAAGUGAAUCCGAAUUAAAAAUUGAAGUGUCCAAGCUGAGGGAUGUUUCUGAUGUAGCCAAAAUGCAGAUUGCAGCUUUGGAAGCCCGUCAGCAGUCCAGGGAGAAAGAGGUCGAGGCCCUCAGAAUGCAAGUGCUGGAUUACCAGGCACAGUCUGAUGAGAAAGCUCUCAUUGCGACACUGCACCAACACAUUGUUGCGCUGCAGGUGAGUGAGACCGCUGCCGUCAGCAAGCUGGAGGCCUUUGCGAGCAAGCUGCAGAAAAUGGAAGCCUGCAACCUGCGGCUGACGCAGAAACUGGACGAACGGGAGCAAGCCCUCUACUACGCACGGAUGGAAGGCAGAAACAAGGCCAUGCAUCUGCGGCAGACCAUCCAGUCCCUGCGCAGGCAGUUCAGCGGAGCCUUGCCUCUUGCACAGCAGGAGAAGUUCUCAAGGACUAUGUUACAGUUGCAGAGUGAUAAACUGAAGAUCAUGCAGGAUGUUAAACUUGCCCAGGAGGAAAGGGCAGCAGCAGAGGACAAGGCACUAGAAUUGGAACUGAAGUUGAAGGGACUGGAGGAAUUGAUUGGAACACUAAAGGAUGCAAAGGGAGCACAAAAGGUAACGGAAUGGCACAGUAAGAUUGAAGAACUCCGUCUCCAAGACCUCAGAAUGAAUAGGUGUCUAAAUAAGCAAAAGGAAGAAAUAAAAUACUUAACUAAUAUAAUAUCUGAGCAGGAGCACACCAUCAAUGAUCUGGAGGAAGAGACAGUUCAGCAAAACAAGUUCCAUGAAGAGCGCUUGCUGGCAUGGGAUCACAGAGAGUUGGAAUUACAGCGUCAGCUGGAUAUGUACGAGCAUCAAAGUAAUGAAGUAUUGAAAGCAGCUCUGAAGUUUGAGGAAGCUACUGGUUCCAUCCCAGACCCCAACAAGCCACUGCCAGAGCAGCUAAAUGUGGCUUUACAAAAAAUCAGAGAGCACGUACACACAAUUCUACAAACCCAAGCAACUUGCAGGACUCUAGAAGAGAAACUUAAAGAGAAGGAAGCAGCACUGUGGAAGGCUGAACAGAACGUGCUGUCCAGGGACAAAGUUAUAAAUGAGUUGCGACUACGCCUCCCUGCCACAGCUGAUCGAGAGAAGGUGAUCGCUGAUCUCAGCGCGAAGACGGAGCAUGAGGAGGAAAGCAGAAAGGCCCUGAAGGUUGCUCAUCAGACUAUCAGAAACCUGCAGGCCAGAUUAGAUCAGAAGGAAGAAGUCCUACAAAAGUACCAGCGGUUGUUGACAAGAGCUCAUCAGGACCAAGAAGAAAUUGCAAAGAAACAUGAAGAAGAUCUUAAAGCUUUGCAUCUUAAAUUGGAUUCAUAUGCAGAUGCAUCCUUAAAUAAAUUUAAAGAAGCUGCAGUGGAGCUGAUGAAGAAACCGGCCCUCCCUGUUGUGACAUCCAAACAUCUAGUCCGCCUGGCAGAACUGGAACACACAGUGGCCGAGCAGGACCACUCACUGUCGACACUGGUGGACAAAUUGAAAGCAGCAACCACUGAACUAGAGAAACAGAAGGAUAUUACAGAGUUGAAAAUGAGGGAAAGCGAGACUGAGAAAGCAAGACUUGAAGAGAAGCAUGCUGCUGAGCUGAAGGAGCUCCACAAUGAAGCCAGUGAACUAAGGAGCAGCAAUUUGGAGAUGGCAAAGGAGGUGCAGUACUUGCAAACUGAGCUGGAAGCCCAGAAACAGGCUAAUACGAGAGCACCCACCACCACUAUGAAGAACUUAGUGGAAAGGCUAAAAGGUCAACUUGCCUUGAAAGAGAAACAGCAAAAGGCUCUGAGCAAGGCACUGUUGGACCUUCGAGCUGAAAUGACCUCUCAUGCAGAACAACAAAUUAUUUACCAGGCCUCACAAAAAGAGGGACAGCUUAAUGUUCAGCAGAUUGUUGACAAGCAUACUAAAGAACUGAGGGUUCGUGUAGAAGAACUAACUGAACAACUUGCAGCAACCAAAGAGAACGUGAAAUCAUGCAAAAAUAAGGAGGCAGCUACAGCGGCUGAAAUAGAUUCUUUAAACGGAGAGCUUCACAAAAAGCAACGAGCUCUGAACAAGCUGCAAACGGAAAAAGCAGAGUUGGAGAAAGAGAAUGAGGAACUGAGGAAAAAGAUUAACCGGCUAUCCAGCAGCAUCCAGUCCAAGACAGAGGCUGACAAUAAACAGACCAUAAUAGAUGAGCUGCAGAGAAAGAUUAAAAGACUGGAGAAUGAGCUGGACAAGAAAGUGACUUCUGAGCAAACUGAAAGAAAAGUUUCAAAAGAAGACAAGACCUCCAGAGAGGAAAUCGUGAAGUGGGAAGAAGGUAAAAAGUGGCAAGCUCGAUUAGAAGGAGCAAAAAACAAGCUGAAAGAAAAAGAGAAGGAGGUAGAAACUUUGACCAAACAGAUCACCACUGUAAAAGAACUGUAUGCAAAAGUUGACCAUGAAAAGACAUGUUUACAGAGGAAACUGAAAGCUCGUGGAAUUACAGUGGAUCAGGUUGUAGGUGUUAGAACCAUGGAAAGUGACAGAGAGAUAGAAGAUUUAAGAAGAAAGAAUGUGGAACUUCAAGACCAGAUGGAAAAUCUGAGGCAACAACAAGCUUUACCAAGGGAUUCAGUGGUGGAAGAUUUGACUCUGAAAAAUCGUUACUUGCAUGAAAAGGUCCAAGCUUUGGAAAGACAGCUGAAAAUGAGUAUUCCAUCCAGGCCGUCAACCUCUGGAUAUGGAUCAGAUGCCUUAUCUCAAAAGGAACAGCAACUUCAGAAAGAGAACCUUAAUCUGUCUGCAGAUAACAUGGAGCUGCGCUUUCAGCUAGAGCAGGCCAAUAAGGAUUUACCACGAUUAAAGGAUCAAAUAGUUAAUUUACAGGAAAUGUAUCAACUCCUCAAGAAAGAGAAAGCAGAUUUGGAAAGAAAGCUUGGAAGUGUUCGAGGGUCUGGUCGCAGCGGCAAAACGGUGCCUGAGCUAGAGAAAACUAUCGGGUUGAUGAAGAAGGUGGUGGAGAGAGUGCAACGAGAGAACGAGGAGCUGAAGAAGGCACCAGGAGUCGUAUCCACUGAGAAAAGAACUUGUCUCGAAGUGGAAAAUGACAAGCUUAAGGCAGAGCUUGAGAAACUGAAGUUGCAGAUUGGUGGCCAGCUGAGUUUGCGUUAUGAGAGCAAAACAAAAGGCAUGGAGAAAAUCUUAGCUGAAAAUGAACGAUUACGAAAAGAGAUCAAAAAGGAAGGUGACUGUUCUGAAAAGCUGCGAAUUGCAAAGAACAACCUGGAGAUUAUGAACGAGAGACUAAGCCUACAGUUGGAAGAGACAAAUAAACGACUGAGCUUUGCAGAGAGUAAGGCUCCACAGCUUGAGGGUGCUAACAGCAAAAGCUGGAAGUCCAUUGUCGUAACAAGAAUGUAUGAGACUAAAAUAAAGGAGAUGGAGACAGACCUUGCAAAAAAGAAUCAAAGCAUCACUGACCUUAAGCAGCUGCUGAAAGAAUCAACUGAUAAUGAGGAAAAAUUGGCAAAACACAUUAGAGACAUGGAGGAACAGAUUGAGGUGCUUAAACACUUCCCUGAAGAAGCCACAACAGAACCAGGCCUCACCAGACAAUUUCAGUUACUGAGACUGACAAAUGACCGUCUGGAGAAAGAAAAGGCUGAACUGAUUCACCAGCUGGAGAUUCAUAGAAAGCAGCCGUGUGCCGUGGCGGAAGGCAGCAACAGAUCUGUUUGCGAUGCCAUAUUAGACACUGGACAUAAAGAUGUCAAACUGUUGGGAGAACAACAAACACAACACGACUUGGAGAAGCAACAGCUGCAGGAAGAGAUAAAGAGGUUGAAAAGGGAACUGGAAAACUUUGAUCCCUGCUUCUUUGAGGAGCUUGAGGACUUGAAAUUUAACUACAACCAAGAGGUUAAACGGAACAUUCUUCUGGAAGAACAGUUGAAGAAAUUAUCUGAGCAGUUUGGAGUGGAGAUCCCAGGAAAUGUUUCCAUUGACUGAGAAGCCCAUUGUUCAAACAUUUGUGGUAAAUCCUCCAGCUGCCAUCACUGAGGGGAGAGAGGUCUCCUUUAACACUCUUACUGGAAUAGAGGUGGUAAAGUGUAAUGUGCAGGUCCUGACGUAAGAACAACAACAAUCUAAAUCCCUUCUAAUCUGUUGGGAUCACUUCUUGAAAGCUACAGUUCUCCAGUAUCCAAGCCUUUGAGAGGAAGGGAGUUUUAGAUUAUUUCUGCCUAACAUAUUGUGUUUAUGAAAAAAAAUGAACACUGGAUAGCAAUUCACUUUGAUUCAGGAGCUAAUAAUCUAAGUCAGUGUCCGGUGCAGGAAUGCAGUGGGGGUAUGAUUAACUGUUAUAACAUUUUUUUAAUCCGUUUUUCUUUCACCCCAGUUUGUGUUUUAUCGGUAACAAUCCAUGGAGCCUCUUUUACUGAGAAGGAAAAGUUAUGGGUUCAUUUACUGGUAUGGCCUUGAUGGAAGGGAGUAGAGAUCAGCAUUUCAGUGAAGGAGCAAUAGCACUUCUGGGAACCAUUACUGGGAUCAGCUUUUGACAUGUACGGUUCUGGCAGAGGGAAGCUGUACACAUAAGUACUUUCUGCACAAAAGACCCAUAAAUGCCAUUAACUACGUAAUUCCCUGCUCAGUGCUAACUCAUAGAUGUUCCUACUAGUACUGUUCCAACACAUUUGGUCAUACAAACCUCAGCAGCAGGAUCAGUAUAAUUCUGACUUAAGUUUAACAUUGUUACAUUUGCCACCCUUCGAGUUGUGGGUGAAGACUGGAAUUAGGAAUUUACAUUAGUGAAAGUACGCACUAAUCAUUAUGCUAGGAUCCAUAAAUGGAAAUGAGAUUUAACAGGCCUAGACAUUAUAUUCCCCUAAAUUCUGUCAUGUUCCUACAUCCAUCAGCUGGGAAAAGCUAAGUAAAGCAAGGUACAAGUGGGAGACUAUAGUUGCUAGAAAUCUAGAGCAACACACAGAAAAUGCUGGAAGAACUCAGCAAGUCAGACAGUAUCUGUGGAGGGGAGUAAACAAUGUUUAUUUAAUUACAGAUGGUGCCUGACAUGAGUUCCUCCAGCAUCUCAUGCGUAUUGCUCUAGGUAAAAUAAGAGUUUCUUACUAUUAUGAGAAGUACAGUCCAAUUAAUUAGCACUAUCUUGUUUCAGUUGUCAGCAACUUAAUUGUAUGUCAACUGUGCAGGUAAUGCCAGGAGAAUUUGCUGUCAAACAUGCCUGUACAUGCCCAGACUAAAAAAUACUGAAGACUGAAAAUGCACUUAGAGACACUAUUUCCAUAGCCAAGGAUUUUUGAAAAUAUGGCAAUAAAUUAAAGUAUUUUUGUAGAUUAACCUGUAUAAGUUUGUUACUAUGAAUUAAAUGCAAGUUUAUAGUCUGAAGUAGAAGGUAAAUAUUUAUUAUUUGUCUAGAAGCAAAAGUAAUUACAAAAGUGCAUGUACUCUUCAUUGAACCUGGAAUGUAUGUUUCAACUCCUGCAUGUCACAUUUUAUUAUCAAAAAUAACCAUUUCCAGGUGACGAACACUGAGAUCUGUCUUGUCAUACAUCUUUGUGGUUGGUUUUAUAUGUUCCACACAAAACCAAAUAUUACCCUUGUGUUUAAAACCAAAACAAGCAGGAACAUAAGUUAAUGCACUGUAGUGUGACCUGUUCUUCCAAACUGAUGUGUGGUGUAUGCCCAAGGCAGCUCCUAGCAUUUCAAAAAUACAUUUUAAAUCCCCACUAAAUUAUUGGGAUCAGGCUUCAGGCCCAGGGCUGUACCACAUUAUUCUUGAGUUUGCUGCCCUUUUACUACUGCCGUUACCUGAAACUACCUGAUAAAUUCAUAGAACAAAACAUUACAGGCCCUUCAGCUACAAAGUUAUACCUACCUUUUAACCGAUUCCCAUUGAUAGUCUUCAAAGGUGAUAAGUGAAUCUAAAACUGAGAGUUGAAAUUACAAACACAAGAUUCCAAAUUUGCCAGCUCAAGGAUGAGGGCAGAGGAAGGAAAAUAUAGUGUCCCUCGCUACCUUCAUUGGCGCCAUCAGCACUGACAGUGGCCUUCAGUGGAUUAACUUCAGCAGUACAAAGGGAGGGCCGAACACAACCUCCCCAAGGACAACUGCGAGCAGCGAAUAAGUGACAAACUUCUGAAUAUCAAACCAAGCCAGGGAAUGACUUUUCUAGGGGGAAAAAAAGCUGAGUUCUACGAAGUACCUGGCCUGUACUCAGUGGGGCACAGAAAAAAAGGAAGCAAUUUUACUGAACUUCAAGAUGCAGAAGCACAUUUACUCAGUGGUGCUAGAAAGCUUGUGAACCCUUCAGGAUUUUCUCUAUUUCUGCAUAAAUAUGACCUAAAAUGUGAUCCGAUCUUCACGCAAGUCCUAAAACUAGAUACAGAACCCAAUUAAAUAAAUAACAUAAAAAAUUAUAUUUGUUCAUUUAUUUAUUUAUUGAGUAAAAUGAUCUAAUAUUACAUGUAUUUGUUGGAAAAUGUAUAUGAAUCUUUGCUUUCAGUAACUGAUGUGACCCCCUUGUAUGCAUUAACUUCAACCAAAUGUUUCCAGUAACUGUUGAUCAGUCCUGCACAUCGACUUGGGAGGUAUUUUAGACCAUUCUUCCAUACAAAACUGUUUCAGUUCAUCAAUAUUCCUGGGAUACCUUGCAUGAACAGCCCUCUUCUGGUCAUGCUACAGCAUCUCAUUUGGGUUAAGACCUGGACUCUGACUUGGCCAUUUCAAAACACAUUUUCUUCUUAAACCAUUCUGUUGUUGAUUUACUUUUGUCUUUCAGAUCAUUGUCUUGUUGCAUCAUCCAACUUCUAUUAAACUUCAGGUGAUAGACUGCUACCCUGACAUUUUCCUGUAAAAUGUCUUGAUAGAAUUUUAACUUCAUUGUUCCCUCAACAACUGCAAGCCGUCGAGGCCCUGAAACAGCAAAGCAGCCCCAAACCAUGAUGCUCCUUCCAGCAUGCUUCACAGCUGGGAUGAGGUUUUAGUGUUGGUGUGCAGUGCCUUUUUUCUUCCAAACAUGCAUUUCAGCUAAAAAGUUCAACUUUGGUCUCACCUGUCCACAGAACAUUGUCCCGGAAGCAUUGUGGAACUUUGCAAACUUGAGUUGUGCAGCAAAGUUUGUUUUGGAGAGCAGUGGUUUUCUCCACUGUGCCCUUCCAUGAACACCUUUCUGUGCAGUGCUUUUCUUAUAGUGGACACAUGAAUAAAGACUUUAGCAAGUUCUAGAGAUUUCUGCAGGUCUUUUGCUUGUUACCCUCGGGUUCUUUUUCACCUCCUUCUAUACUGCACGUUGUGCUCUUGGUGUGAUUUUGGCAAGAUGCUCACUCCAAGGGAGAGCGGCAACAGUACUGAAUUUCCUCCAUUUGUAGACAAUUUCUCUUACUGUGGACUGAUGAACACGCAGGUCUUUAGCUUUAUGCACCUCUACAAUUCUUCUAAGAUCCUCAAGUUGUUUUGAUCGAGGCAUGGUGCACAUAGAGAGAUCUUUCUCGAGAAGCACAGGCUCUGUCGAUAACCUGACUUUGUGCGCCUUUUUUUAUAGGGCCCAUACCUCCAAUCUCAACCUACUGUUUGGAACACCUGGCUCCAAAUAGCUUUUGUAGAAGGCAUUAUCCCAGAUGUUCACUUACAUUUUUUGAACCUAGGCUGUGAUUGUUUAAAUAGUGUACUCAGUAAUGAUGAGAAGUACAAUUGUUUGUGUGUUGUUAGUUUAGGCAGAUUGUUUGUCUA